CCACAGAUUCCUCAGAUCAGCUAUGCCUCGACGGCUCCAGAGCUCAGCGACAACACCCGCUAUGACUUCUUCUCCCGUGUGGUUCCUCCAGACUCCUACCAGGCUCAGGCCAUGCUGGACAUCGUCACAGCCAUGGGCUGGAACUAUGUGUCCACACUUGCCUCCGAGGGAAACUACGGCGAGAGCGGCGUUGAGGCCUUUGUCCAGAUCUCCAGAGAGUCAGGUGGGGUUUGCAUCGCUCAGUCUCUGAAGAUUCCUCGGGAGCCGAGACCUGGCGAGUUUGAUAAGAUCAUCCUUCGUCUGGUAGAGACACCCAACGCCCGAGCUGUCAUCAUGUUUGCCAACGAGGACGACAUCAGGCGAAUCCUAGAUGCAGCCAAACGCAACAACCUGACGGGUCACUUCCUGUGGGUGGGCUCUGACAGCUGGGGCUCCAAGAUCUCUCCGGUGGUCCAGCAGGAGCGGGUGGCCGAGGGCGCCGUCACCAUUCUCCCUAAGAGGGCAUCGGUGGACGCGUUCGACCGUUACUUCAAGAGCCGCUCUCUGUCCAACAACCGCAGGAACGUCUGGUUCGCUGAGUUCUGGGAGGAGAACUUCGGCUGUAAGCUGGGCAUGCACGGCAAGAGACCUGGCAGCCCCAAGAAAUGUACAGGGUUGGAGAAAGUUGGACGUGACUCCACCUACGAGCAAGAGGGGAAGGUGCAGUUUGUGAUGGACGCUGUUUAUGCCAUGGCCUACGCUCUGCACCACAUGCACCGUGAGCUCUGCACCGGAUACCCUGGCCUGUGUCCUCGCAUGGCCAACAUCGAUGGCAAGGAGCUGCUGGCCCACAUCCGUGCCGUUAACUUCAACGGAAGUGCAGGGACUCCAGUCAUCUUUAAUGAGAACGGUGACGCUCCGGGACGCUACGACAUCUUCCAGUAUCAGAUCAACAAUAGGUCAACAGCAGAGUACAAGGUCAUUGGACACUGGACCAAUCAGCUCCAUCUAAAUAUGGAGGCCCUGCAGUGGACCACCGGCGACUCCUCCCUGCCGGCCUCCGUAUGCAGCCUGCCCUGCCGCACCGGCGAGAGGAAGAAGGUGGUGAAGGGCGUCCCGUGUUGCUGGCACUGCGAGCGCUGUGAGGGAUACCACUUCCAGGCCAGCGAGUUUACCUGUGAGCUCUGCCCCUAUGAGAAGAGACCCAACCAGAACCGCACUGGCUGCCAGUCAAUACCCAUCAUUAAGCUGGAGUGGCACUCCCCGUGGGCUCUGGUACCAGUCUUUAUCUCUGUCCUGGGCAUCAUCGCCACAACUUUCGUCAUUGUCACCUUCGUUCGCUACAACGACACCCCCAUCGUGCGUGCCUCUGGUCGGGAGAUGAGCUACGUCCUGCUGACGGGUAUCUUCUUGUGUUACAUCAUCACCUUCCCCAUGAUCGCUGCACCUGAUGUCGUCGUCUGCUCCUUCCGCCGGAUCUUCUUGGGCCUCGGCAUGUGCUUCAGCUAUGCUGCAUUGCUCACCAAGACCAACCGCAUCCACCGCAUCUUCGAGCAGGGCAAGAAGGCAGUGACUGCACCACGUUUCAUCUCUCCAGCCUCCCAACUGGUGAUCACCUUCUCACUCAUCUCAGUUCAGCUGCUGGGCGUCCUCGUGUGGUUUGCCUCCGACCCACCGCACACCUUUGUAGACUAUGGCGAGCAACGCACGCAGGAUCCUGGGAACGCCCGCGGCGUCCUCAAGUGUGACAUCUCCGACCUUUCGCUUAUCUGCUCCUUGGGAUACAGCAUCCUCUUGAUGGUCACAUGCACUGUAUAUGCCAUCAAGACACGCAGUGUGCCAGAGACUUUCAACGAGGCCAAACCCAUUGGAUUUACUAUGUACACCACCUGUAUCAUCUGGCUCGCCUUCAUCCCCAUCUUCUUUGGCACGGCCCAGUCGGCAGAGCGGAUGUACAUCCAGACAGCCACGCUGACCGUCUCCCUCAGCCUCAGCGCUUCUGUCUCUCUGGGAAUGCUCUACAUGCAGAAGGUCUACAUCAUCAUCUUUCACCCCGAGCAGAACGUCCCUAAACGCAAACGCAGCUUUAAGGCGAUUGUCACCGCCGCCACCAUGACCAGCAAGCUGUCGCACCUGGCGGCUGAGCGGCCCAACGGUGAAGUGAAGACAGAGCUUUGUGAGGGCGUGGAGGCCAGCGUGCCACCGACAAAAACAACUUAUGUCAGCUACACCAACCACGCCAUGUGA